GGGGGGUUCUAAACAAUAUUUAUGUAAACAACAAAAGUGAGUAGGCUAAUAUAUUUUACAAAUCAUCCCAAGCAUACGAACACUAAACUAUAGCACAAAAUCAGCUUAAUUAAUGCUGAGUCUAUUAAGCAAUUUGAUUCAUGUGUGUUUUUAUGCAGUUUUUGAUAUACUUUACAUUGUUCACUGUAGAAAUAGAUUUGGUGCUACGUCUCCACCAUUCAUUGAUUAUUUGAAAGAAAUUCUGAGAAGGUACCCAGAUGGGGGACAAAUACUGAAGGAGCUGAUACAGAAUGCAGAUGAUGCAGGAGCUUCAGCUGUGGCUUUUAUUUAUGAUGAGAGAAAUUAUGGGACUGACAGCCUGUGGACCAAAGACCUCGGAAAAUAUCAAGGACCUGCUCUCUAUGCCUUCAAUGAUGCAGCCUUCUCAAAGGAAGACUGGGAGGGUAUUCAGAGAGUUGGCAGAAGCAUCAAGCAGGAUGACCCAACAAAAGCUGGAAGAUUUGGGAUCGGAUUCAACUCUGUUUAUCAUAUUACAGACUUGCCAUGUGUGUUCAGUUCUGAACACCUAGCCAUUUUUGACCCACAAAAGAAGAUGUUUGGAGAGGAUGAAGAAGGCUAUCGAUGGACUUUGAAUGACGAGGAGGACAGAGCGAGCCUUCUAAAAUUGAAAGAUCAAUUUGAGCCCUUUCAAAAUAUUGUCAGUCAAGUCAACAGUAGUUCUUGGGAGAAGAUCAUCAGUGAGAAGAAAUACUUUGAAGGAACGCUCUUCCGUUUUCCUCUGCGUAAUGAGGCAUCUGAGAUCUCAGAUAACCUGUAUGACUCAACAAAAGUUACCCAGCUUUUUGACAAUUUCAUUGCUGAUUCUGACAUCAAUCUUCUUUUCCUGAGAAAUGUGUCAUCUAUUACUUUGCUGCAUAUUGACACCAAUGGCCUUUGCAACAACAGGCUCAAAGUUUUGGUGUCAAAUCAAUUUAUCAAUGACCUUUCUCAUAUCACAUGGGAAUCGUUUGACAGAAAAACAUGUUUUAAAACAGUAUCACAUUUUUCUCAGCAAACAGAAGAAAAAAGGUCCCAGUGGCUUGUGACAACUUGUCUUCUGAAACAGGGAUAUAUACCAGAGAUUGACUCUCUAGCUAAUAAGCUGAGCUUCUGCCCUCAAGUUGAAACAGCUUUUCGAUUAGAUGAAGACCGAUCACUUUGCAAUGGGCGACUAAGUUGCUUUCUGCCGCUUCCAAAUAAUGAAUCAAACAAAACUGGGCUUCCCAUUCACAUCAAUGCUUGCUUUGGCCUGACUGACAAUCGGAGGUUCAUCAAGUGGAAGGAGGAGGAUCAGAAGAAUGAUGAGUCUGCAAAGUGGAAUGAGCAACUCACAAAAUAUAUUACUCCUCAUGUGUAUAUCAUGAUGAUCCUAGAUGCCAUUCAGUUAUCAGGAAACUCAGCCCUGCCUUCCCCGACUGUGUACAAUCUUUGGCCUGACCUAUCAAUGACUAUACUUAAAGAGAGAUGGCAUGAAGUUGCAACAGAUACUCUGAAAGGUCUAUCUGAAUACAAGAUCUUUCACCUUGCUGAUAAUGAGAAAAUCUGGGUGUCUGCCUCAGACGCAGUUUUUCCAGGAAAAAAUAUACCAAGGGACACAAUGUCUGCAGUAUCAAGAUUAUUGAUUGCUGAAGGAGAGAACCUGGUCUCAGUCCCAGAACAUGUUUUGAAAGAUGUUCAAGAAAUCUUCCCAGAAAGUGAUACCUUGACAUGGGUGACUCCAUCAUUUGUUAGAGAUGUCCUUCACAGAAGUGAGGCAGAUAAUCUCAGUAAAGAUGACAAAUACUCUCUUCUUGAAUUUACUCUCAGUGAUGAAAAGUACACAGAGCUAGAAACACUAAAGCUUCUGCCUCUCAGUGAUGGAAGCUUCACUUCAUUUGGCAGUGGAGAACAGAACACUGUUUUGAUUGACAAUGAGAAAUUUCCCAGAACUUUGCUGCCAUUUUGUAAAGAAAGGUUUUUACCCAACGAUCUGAGCCAUUUAUGCACCAUGCAACUAGGGAAACUAGCAGCAAGGAACAUAUAUAAGAUAAUCAAUCUGGAUGUGCAACAUAUUGUUGCACUCACAAAGAAGCACUUACCCAUGGACUGGAAAGGGACCCAAGGUCAUGUGACAUGGAAACCAUCAGAAGAUGAUCAUCCACCAAAGAGCUGGCUUGCUGAAUUCUGGAAGUUUCUUAGCAGUGAUUGGAUUGAGUUGAGCAGCUUUAUUGACAUGCCUUUAAUACCACUGGAGCCACUGCACAGUUCAGACAGUUCUAUAUUGUUAGCAAGGUUGCAGAGUAACACAACUUUGAUCUUUCAGUGUAGCACAGGCUCCAACUUGUCAGAAAAUAUUCAGAACUUGUUAAAGACUGUGGGAUGUACAGUCAUAAAAAGAGAUGAUUGUCUUAGACAUCAUGACAUUGAGAGUUAUGUUCUUCCAGCUUCACCAAGAAAUGUUCUACAAGUCUUUGUAAACUCAAACAGAGACCAGGUCAUCAAAGGCAUUGGCUUUGCUUCAUCACGUGAUAGAGAGGAGUUGAAAUUGUACCUCUCUUCUUUGGAUACUCUCUCUAUUGCCGAACAGGACCUACUUUCCAAGUUGCCAAUCUUCAGAAUGAUGUCUGGGGAAUAUGUUGCAGUUGAAAAAAAGCAAGCAGUUGUUUCAAUCACCAACCCAGCCAUUCCACAUGAUCUUCCAAUUCCUGUCACCAUUCUACAGUGUGCAACUGAAGCUGAUCGCAGACUUUUGACUCUUCUGAAUAUUGAACUCUUGGAUGCAGCUAAAGUGGCAGUUUAUUUAGUUGACUGCAUUAAGAAGGGCUCCUACCAAAAAGGUGAGGAACAGACAGUAAUGUCCUGGAUACUGAAUAAUGGAAGCAUUCUGUUCUCACAAAGUGAGCAGCUGCUCACAAAAACAAAAAGUCUUAAUUUUAUUGAGACAGCUCAGGGAGAACGCAAACAAACCUCGGAUGUUUUUGAUCCAAGAAACAAGACAUUUCAGGACCUUUUCGAGGCAGAUUUCUUUCCCCCAUCUAUUUACACAAAGACCCCGGAAAUGCUUCAGAGCUUGCAGUGCCUUGGCUUAAAGACAGAGCAAAAAGAAAUAACAACAGCAAACAUACUCCAAGUGAUAAUUCAUAUUGAAAAGAUUUGUGUAAAUUCACCAGAUAAGGCGUUCAAAAAAGCACAUACUCUUGUUCGAGCACUGAAUGAGAAUGAUUUCCUUUCAAAAUUCACCGAGAUGCAGAUAGAAGAACUGAUGCAAAGGAGGUGGGUGCCCUGUGAAAAUCCAGAGUUCUCGACCGGAAGCAUUUGUAAAAAUCUAAACCAAGGUUUCUAUAAGCCUGCUGAAGUAAGAGAUUCAAUGUAUUCUUCAAUUGUUGGAUAUGUAAUGCCACUUACCUCCGAGUUAUCAAGACCCGUCUGCAACUGUCUUGGAUUUUAUGAGCCCCCUCCUGCUGAAAAAGUCUUGGAGAAUCUCUCAGCACUGAGAUCAAUGGUCAACGCAAAUUCAGAUGUUCAGUUUAAAACCAAGCUGCACAGCAUCUACACAUUUAUGCAGGGCAAUUUAAAAAAAUUCAAAGAUUUAAUGGGCACAACAUGCAUCCCCUUUAUUUGGAAUGAAAGUGAGUUUGUCUCUCCAGGGGAUAUAGUUUUAGCAUAUCCCACUGAAUUGGAUCUAAGCUCUUACAUCAAGAAAGUGCCUGAAGAGUUUUUGAAAUAUGAACCCCUGUUUACAACAUUUGGUGUGAAGAAAACACUGACUGAUGAGAAAAUUGAAGGCAUACUUCAUGACAUAAAACAAAGAAUUGACUGCAGGUCUCCUCCUCAUGGAGACUCAAAAGAACUCAAAGUGUCAAUUGCCAUUCUUGACUGGAUGCGAAAAAAUGAGAAGAUUUUAAAAGACAGUACACCUGUACCUGUCAUGGCACAAAACAAAAACUUUACUAUGCAGUCUUUGUCCAAAACAGUUUUCUGUGACAUCAGUGCUGAAAUACUAGAUGACUUGGAACUAGAUGACUUAAAACAAGACAACAAGGAAUUAUUCAUCAUUCAUGAGGAAGUACUACAGAUCACUGCAAGAUGGUUUAGAGUCCCAUUCUUAAGUACUCUCAUCGUAAAACCACAGUUCAUACAAGCAGAGCAAGAGUUGUUUGGUUUAGAACAAUGUGGGCAAUCUGAACCAAUCACUCAAAGAAUUAAGAACAUUCUUAAGGAGUAUGAUGUAGACAGUGACAUUUUCAAAGAACUCCUACAAAAUGCUGAAGAUGCUGGGGCCAACACAUGUAAAUUCCUACUUGACUUCCGAAAACAUAGAGAACCCCCUGAAACCCUCUUUGAUGAUGGAAUGGCCCUCUGCAGUGGACCAUGUCUGUGGAUAUUCAACAACGAGCUUUUUUCACAAGAUGACUGGAAAAACAUUGUCAAAGUGGGAUCAGCAACAAAGCAAAAGGCUGGCAUGAUUGGAAAGUUUGGGUUAGGGUUUAAUUCUGUUUACCAUAUAAGUGAUAUUCCCUCAAUUCUGAGUGGGGAAAGCCUUCUUAUACUUGAUCCAAAUGUCACCCAUUUAAAAAAGCACAUACACAGCAAAACAAACCCAGGAAUUAAACUUGACCCAUUUCGGCUGCACAAAUAUUUUCCAGGACAUUUUAAAUCUUAUGAAGGCAUUUUUGAUUUGAAUUUGUCAGUGCAAAACAGCAAGAAAACUUACAACGGCACCUUGAUAAAAUUACCAUUUCGCACUCUGGAGGAGGCAAAUGAGUCAGAGAUCAGUUCAAAGGUAUGUGAUGAAGAAUGUAUUAGGAGUUUUACAAAUACUUUGAUCAAUAACUCAGAAACUCACCUUCUUUUUCUGAAGAGAAUUACAUUUAUGUCUCUUCAAAUUGUCCCUGAAAAUGCAUCAACUCCUCCUCAAGCUGAUCAGAUUCAGACUUAUUUUAAAACAUCCAGAGAAGUCAUGACUUCAUUUGCUGUAUUGAAUGACAUACCUCUCCAAGAGAUCAAGAGUACAUUCAGAAAUAGUGAUAUCACAAGCCACAUUACUGAUGUCAACAGAGCACAAAUCAUUAAAAUAGUUCAGGAGCACUCGCAGAGAUCCCUCACCCAGUACUGGUUUUUGUACUCAUGUUUUGGGAUGCACGAGUCGUUGCAAAUGUUCCAGGGAAGAAAUGAACUAGAACAUAUGUUUUCAGUUCCAAUUGGAGGUAUAGCUGUACCUUUGCACAGAGAUGCAAAAGAUAAGGCAUGGACCCCUUACGAAAGCCUCAUUGGCCAGGCUUUUUGUUUUCUUCCUCUCUCAAUUGAGACGGGUCUUCCAGUCCAUGUAAAUGGGACUUUUGCAGUCACAUCAAAUAGGAAAAGCCUAUGGGAAACAGGAGAGAAGUCUGAGUGGAACAAAGCUUUGCUUAGAGAUCCCAUAACCUCUGCUUACAUUACUACGUUGCUUGAGCUGAAGAAAAUGGGCCAGAAUGGACGUAUCCAGAAUUACUCCUAUUAUACAUUCUGGCCUAACAGAGAGAAAGUAAGCAAAGUGUUUUUACCCCUGGUUGAGUCUUUCUACUCGGCAGUUGUGGACAAUGGCAGUGGUAAAUCUCUGGAUCUUUUUUGCAAUGGAAAUGAUUGGCGUUCCAUAGACAAGGUUAGAUUUCUGAAUCCAAACAUUGAGGAGAACCUUGGAGUUAUUGCCAUGGAAGUGUUCUUGAUCUUAGGAGCUUCUUAUUCCUGUGUUGUUUCUCUCCCAUCAUGGGUUAGACAGAGUUUCAUUGAUUGUGGCUUCAAGACAGUGAUCAAACAGAGAACAAUCAACUGGCCUGAAUUUUACCGCAUCGUUUUUACGAACUUGAGUGCUGUGGACAUACAAAACAUAAAUUGUCUUGUUCUGAAUGCAAUUGACUUGAAUGAUCCUGAGGUUGAUGACCUAUUGAAAAGUUACCCUUGCAUUCCAACACAGAGUUGUAAGAAGCUUCAAUUUAUCAAGCAACUGGUGAAUCCUUCUGGCAAAGUGGCUUGUUUGUAUGAACUUGAGGAAGGACGCUUACUUGAAGGAACUGCAAAUGACUUCCUCUCACCAAAAAGGUUUCAACGACUUUCAGAUUUGGGAAUGCUGAGUGACAGCCUCCCUUUAGAGGACAUCAUAGAAAGAGCUGCGAAGAUAUCUAGUAUUUGGCAACAGGAUAUUUCUAAAUGUUUUAAAUGUCUUCAGUGUCUCAUGGAGUUGAUAAAAGACUCCACAGAAGAUGUGAAUUCUCUGCUCUGGGACACACUGUCUCAAAAACCAUUCCUUCCUGCCUUAGCUCCUUUAGUUCAGCAAAACAAGAACACCAUGGUUCUUAAAAAACCCUGUGAAGUUUACAGUGACCGUUCUCACAAUUUAGUAAGCAUGACAGAAUUCACACUGGAUCAUUCAAACCUUCAAAUACACAGUCAUGACACAGUUCUCCAGAAAUUAAGAGUACGGACAAACCCACCAAUUGAGACAGUGCUUCAGCAGCUGCUAGAAGCACACAAACACUGCGAUGCAUUUGAAGAGACUGCUCUCCUCAACAUUGCUCUGUCUUGCUAUGAAUAUCUCAACGAUUACUUGCUGGAACAGAAAGAUCCAGGUCCAAUUAUUGGCCAUGCAAAAUCAUUUCCAUUCAUUUUCAUCGAGAAUCACUUUGUAAAUGUGAAGGUAGUAGCCAGAAGUGAAGAAUGUGAAAAUAAACCAUAUCUCAUAUCUCUUCCUGUCAUCUUCUCUAAAUAUGAGAGGUUAUGGGACUGCCUUGGUGUCAGUAAACAAUUCACAAAAGAGCAAUUUUUUGCUGCACUUGAGGAAAUGAAGGCUUUAUAUGGAUCUCGCCCUCUUUCUGCAUCAGAUCUCCAAAAGUGUGUUGCAAUACUCAUAAAUGGGCUGUACAAAAUCAAAGAUGAAAUGAUCACAGACUGUCUCAUACCGGAUGAGAAGGGUGUGUUGACAUAUUCUAAAGAGCUGAGAUUUAAUGACACCCCAUGGGUGCCUGUCUCUGAUGGUGUAAAAUUUCCCCAUGAUUUGAUACCUCGAUGCGUGGCCUGUCAUUUUGGUGUAGUGUCAACAAGAAAUGAUCAUCUAAAUAAGCAUUUAGACUCCCUUCAUGCCCAAGAGUUUGGAAAAGCUGAGAACCUAACUGUCAGAAUAAAAAAUAUAAUAGAUGCAUAUCCAUCAAAAAAGGAUAUUCUGAAAGAACUCAUUCAAAAUGCUGAUGAUGCCGAGGCAAACGAAAUUCACUUUGUUUGGGACGAAAGACACCACAAAACAGAAAAAAUAUUUGGAGAGGAAUGGAAACUGCUUCAAGGGCCAGCACUUUGUGUCUACAACAACAGUACAUUUUCUGAUGCUGACCUGAAGGGUAUUCAACAACUGGGAGGAGGAGGAAAACAUGGCACUCCAGGGAAAACUGGUAAAUAUGGCCUUGGUUUCAACGCUGUGUAUCAUCUCACAGAUUGUCCCUCUAUCCUGACCGGUGACGAAUGGCUCUGCAUUUCUGAUCCAAAUCUAAAAUAUGUGAACAGUUUAACACAACGGUCACCAGGCUGCAAGUUGUCAAUUAACGAUAAUUCUAAAAAGCUUUUAGAGGAUGUUUAUCAUACCUUUCUUCCAGAAAUGUUUGAACUCAGUUCUGGAACCAUGUUCAGGCUCCCUCUCAGGACAGAGAAAAUGGCAGAAAUAUCUGAAAUAUCUAGACAUACGGUCACAGAUCGUGAUAUGGAGGAACUUUACUGUGCCUUGACUGAAGAUCCUGAAGGACUUAUGCUCUUCUUGAAACAUAUCACAAAAAUACAGUUCUCAGAGAUCAGUGAAGAUGGAAAAGAACCAAAAUGUUGUUUGGUUAUUGAAAAGAAAUACACAGAGAUGAGUACGGUAAGCAAGGAAACAUUUAACAGACAUGUUCGAGAAUCCCUCAUGUCAAGAACAGCAGAACCCUGCAAAACCAUCUAUGGCGUGCAAAUCUCAUCUGCGAAUAAACAAAGUCAGUGGGUUAUUGCAGAAUGCUAUGGUUUUUUGAAAACAUACUAUGAGCAAAAAAACAACCAAGAUAAAGUUCCUCAUGCUGCUCUGGCUGCUUGUCAGAGCAGCUCAUUUUCCCACACAUUUACUGGUAGGGCUUUUUGUUCUUUGCCUUUACCUGGACAAACUGGUUUACCAGUCCAUGUGAAUGCAAAUUUUGAAGUAGAUUCUUCUAGAAGGGACCUAUGGAAAGAGGAUGGUGAUAGUCUGAAGACUGAUUGGAACCAAUCACUGAAAGUAAACGUAAUUUCACCACUCUAUGCUGAACUCUUGUUACAUCUGUGUUCACACAUGAAGAAAGAGACACCUACUACUCUUUCAUUCCUCAAGACACAGCUUGAGUCUUCUUGCCUUAAAUACUUCCCAUGCAUUUCCCCAGAAGUAGACAAGGUCUGGGAUGAGAUGAUUAAUGAAGUCUAUAGAUCAAUCAACCAAUGCCAACUUCCAGUCAUACCUACUGUACAUGCUGUUUCUGUUGAAUCAUCACAUCUUUCAGAACAAACAUACACAGUUACUUGGUGCUGUGCAUCUGAACCACAUUCAGAAAAAUGUCCAUAUUUUACAACUGAGGACCAUGAUGGCAUUUUUAACAUUUUAGAUGACACUGGGAUGAAAUUAGUACCAAAAUUUGAUGGAAUGCAGAAAAUAAAAGACAGCUUCAAAUCGGCUGGUGUGGAUGUAGCAGAAAUCACUGCUUCGACAGUAAUUAAUUUCUUGAAGCAAAGACAACUGAAUGAUACUUCUCAGACAACUAGUGGUUUGCCUUUGCCCAUUAAUCAGACAUGGAUCAAAGAUAAAACAAGAUGUUUAAAACUUUUGAGCUUCUGCUUGACGGAUACCAAUGAGAAAAAUGUCCAUGACCUCAAUGGGCUUCCUCUUCUCCUCACACAAGAUCAAAUGUUAAGAGUGUUUGACUCUGAAUCCCCAAAGUUUAUAACAAGAUUUAACAGUCUUUUCCAAGGACAUCAGGAAAUGUUUGCAGAUAUGGAUUUGGACAAAAAUCAUGUUCAAAUUCUGCACAAAGGAAAGUUUAUUAAGGACUUAACAAUUGACAUAGCAGCAUCAUAUCUGAAACCAGAACUUGAAGAUCUGCUCAGACAGUCAUCACCGGAUGAAAGAUGGCAGCUCUACAAAGCAGAGACAGAGACUAUCAAAUGGCUGAAAGAAUUAUGGAGCUUCUUUUAUGAUCAAGAGAAAAGCUACCAAAAUGAAAAUGUCUUAAGUAAGAUAAAAGAGCACUUUGACGACAGUUAUAUCUUGCCAGUAAAUUCCCCCUGUCAAAAUGACACAUGUUUCUUACAAACAAUGAAGAAUAUAUCCAAAGUGAUACAGUUUAAUGAAAACAGAAAGAUAGCGUUCAUUCUCAUAAAACUGGGAUUCAUGAAAUUAGACACCAGCUUCUUCAGUAAUUUAAGUCUUGGGUUCUGUGAAAAGAAUUUGUAUCCAGAGCUCAUGCAAACAGGAGACAGCAGUGCUGUUUUGGAGCAGGUUUUUCAUGUACCUCAUGAACUGUUUGAGGAUCUAUCUGAAGAUGAAUGUGUAGAUCUUCAGGACUUCUUACAGCACGCGAUCACAGAUUCCAAUACAGAUCGUGAUCGUGUGUUGAUGCUUAAGUCCUUGCCUCUGUCUGAGUCAAUAUCUGGAAAACGGGAAAGAAUUGAUGAAGACAGAAGAAUAUUUGUUCUGAAUUCUGAACAUCACAUUACAUUUCCAAACUUGUACCAGGUUGAUGAAUGUAACAUUAUUUUCCUCAAGCCCACCCGGGUGAACACAGAAUUGGCAGACUGUAUAAAUAUUCAGGUUCUAAAUGAUUUGGAGUUCUGUGAACAGUUUAUUCUUCCUUCCGUGCACAUGAUGGAAGAGGCAAAGGUUUUUGAUUUCUUGCGGUUGUUAAUGAAACUUGGACCAGUGGACCACAGGAUUGUCUCUGCAUUGAGGGAGGUCAGAUUUAUUCGAGACAUCCGUGGCUCUCUUCAGGUGGCUUCAUACUUCUAUGAUGACAGAGAAAACCUUUACAGGAUAAUGCUUCCAAAAGAGAGAUUUUUACCAGAAACAUUUUGGGACAAUUUCAAAAAGGAAAAUGAUAAAGCACGUAGUCUCUUAAAGAAACUUGGAUUGAAACAUGAAGUGUCUAAUGAUGAAAUCAUCCAGUUUGCCGAACAAAUUGAGUCCGAAACUAAAGACAUCACUCCUCUAAAUGUUCUUAAGGAAAAAUCAGAAACUUUGUUCAAGAAAAUUUUGGAAAAGAUUAAUAACAAAGAGUCUGGUUUACUGAAAAGAGUUGCUAACAUUAAAUUCAUCUUCCCAGUGCAAAUUCAGCAAACACUUUGUGAUUAUCACAAGGCAUUUGCCCAGAAUAAAGAGCUUGUAGCAAUCAAUGGAUCACUUAUUGACAGAGUCAUUGAUCACCAUUAUCUGAUAUGGACAUCUAUGCCAAUCCUGCCCUCAGAAUUCCUCCUUCCACAACACAUUAAGAUAUUGAUGGAUGCCGGAGCCUUGGACGCUCCACCCCUUGCACAAAUAGUUGCUAAUAUGAAAAACAUCUGUAAAUCUCAGUGCGACACAGAAUUGCUGGAAACAAGAAACCAAGUAUUUAGCAAAUCAUAUGCAUUCCUGCAGUCAAUAGAGCCAAAAGAGUUUGAUGCCUCUCAAUUCUCAGACCUCCCCAUCAUCCUUGUGGACAAUGGCAGAACACUUGUUAAAGCUUGUCGGACAGUAUUUUCGUUGUCUGAUGCUCCUGAUUUUAGGCCUUAUUUGUACAGCAUUCCCCCAGAUUUUGCUAUAUUUAAAGUUUUCUUCAAGAGGAUUGGUGUAGAGGAAAGGCCUACAAUUGAUCAUUAUAGAACUGUUCUUAAAGAAAUCUAUUCUGAAAGUUCUGACAAAGACAAACUUCAAGCAAAUCAGCAGCAAAUUGUGAAACGUGUUGUGCAACAGCUAUUUUACCUGCUGAAAGUGGAACAGAAUAAACCUCUUUUUCAAAACACAAUACUUUAUCUUCCUUCAACAGAUGGGAAAAUCUAUGAAUCCAGCACUUUGUUUUUCAAUGAUACAGUCUUUCAAUCUGCAAGACUGAAAAGUUCUUUGGAAACCAAGCUGAAAUUGCUGGAAAAUUUAGACAGCUGUUAUCUUGGAAAUGAUCACUAUGAACAUCAAACAUUGCUCCAACUCCUUCUCGAGCAGGUUCGCCCCCAAUUUCUCUCGAAUGUAAUUUCUGAAAACUUGGUGGGAACAAGUGUCCAGAUAUGUGAUUAUGAAUGUGAAUUUAGAGGAUGGUUUGAAAAGCACUUGUCUUCUGAUGCAUUUCAUCAUGGACUAAUCUGUCUCAUCAGAGAAGAGAGCAAAGGCAGGGUUUCACAUUCUGAAGCUGCAAGACAGUGUGAAGAAAUCUUUGCUAAGAUUCAUAUAAUCUGUUGCAAAACUUUUCAAACUGAGCUUCUGCUAGACCGUGAGCCACUUGAGGGUAGUAAGGCUGAAAAAGACGUUUAUGUGAAAAAACAGCAAGAUGGAUGCAAUUUCUACUUGAAACACAAUGAUGAAAGGACCUUCAAAGUAAUAAAUGAAGUCAAUUUGUGUCUCAUUAAAGAAAUCAAUGUUCUUCUAAAGAACUGUCUGACCACUUCAAGCCUUCUAGUUAUUGGACAACUUUUGCUGUGUGAUAACAUGGAGGAUGUUGAGAAGACUUUGUCAAAUCAUGGCAUUCAUAACAGUGGAAGCAAGCAAGAGGAUUCAGUGCCUUAACUAGGAAGAAAAAGGAGGAAUAUAAAGUAAUGAUGAAAUUUACAUCUGAAUAGAUGAGUGCAAUAAAUCCAUUAAAAUUAACUAAAGCACUUAAGGAAAGUUAGGAAAAUUUUAAAAAGCAUGUUGAGAGAAAAUAGAAUGCUACUGUUUUGCAAAAAUGAAGAACAGCAAAAAGUAGCAAUAGGGUUAAAAUCCUUAAUGGGUCAAAAAAUCUUCUGUAGUGGAAGAAAAGAAGUGGAUAAAUAAGUUAUAUUAUUUACAAAUUACAAUUGUAACUCUCAACAGUUACCUAUGGCUAUGACUUUAUUAAUACUUGUCUAGUUUAUUUUGUAGUCUCAAGCAUUCAGAAAUCAUGCAAAAGAAAAUUAAACAGUUGUACUAUGAUAAAACCAUGGUAUAUUUUUGUAAGGGUUGUGAUCUUCACAUGUAUUUUGUUGAAAAAAAUUAUAGGGGCCGUUUCCUCUAUAGCAAAAAGGAGCCCAAAAUGAAAGAAUAAGUGAAUAUUUGAAUUCAAUGUUUGGCAAACAGCCUAAACAAGGAUUUGAUGCCAGCAAAUUACCUUUUGGCUCCCUUUGCAUGUAUUUUUAAUAACAUGUUGUGUACAUAAAUUGUUAAAAUACAUAAUGUAGGCUAAUACAAAAUAAACAG